UGUUAUAUUCACCUAGUAAAACUGAGAAGUCAAUGAGAUAUUCAGGAACACAUUUUAAGAGCUCCUGCAUGAAGAUGGCUGUUACAAAGUAUCUGCUUUUCUGGGCUGUAAUUCUGGGACCUUUUCUACCUCUGGCAAUCCCAUGCAAUGUGACUGGAAUCUGGAAAAAUGAGCUGGGCUCUGUGCUGCAUAUUCAGAUCGUUGGUUCAGAGCUCCAAGGCCUCUAUCAGAGUGCAGUGGAGACUGCUCCGGGAGCUACAGGCCCAGAACAACAGGCCAAAGUACUUGGUGUGGUUAACCAUCGGGGUCUGCAGACCUCUGUUGCGUUCUCUGUGUUAUGGGAAGGCGGUUCCUGUAGCUCCUGGGUUGGCCAGUGUUUCCAACUGCCAGAUGGAAAGAGGGUACUGAAAACCAUGUGGAUGCUGCGCUCAAUGUCUCUAAGCCCUGCAGACAACUGGAAGAGUACCAGGAUGGGAGAGGACACGUUUGUCUGUGAUUGCUGAAAGCGGAUUGUCCAGAUGUUCCUUCCCUGAUGAGGCAGUUUGCUGCCCUCUAUUGGACUGUUUAUGAACUAAAACAUUUCUGCUUGUGCAGUGCAUGCAUUCAUGUCAUUAGGGUUAUAACUCCAAUUCCUAAUUUUCCAGGAGAGCCUUUUAGCUAACCCUUUCCUCCUACCUGCUGUGUACAUUUUCAUUACCUGCUAUGAACACUACUUCCUCUGUAGAUGUAGUUCACCGUCCUGUUACUUGUCAUGAGCUCUUGAAGGUGUUUUCUUGUUUGUAGUUGGACAUUUUCAGACCAGGCAGCAGGUAUGAGCUGUAGCAGUGUAAUGUACAUCCCUACAUGUCAUGUGCUGAAUUAAAGAUAUUAUUGUCAUUUAA